UAAUAGUGGUAACAGCGGACUUCCUUGCUUCAUCCCGAACCCCUGGGGGAAUCUUUCUGACUUUCACCAGAACAUGUGAUGAUUUUUAUAAAUUUGCAGGUAAUGCUAAGCUGAAGAAGUUUCCCAUGAUACUGUUUUCCAUACUGACUGCAGUAUUUUUUUUUUGAAAAAUACUUUUUUUUUUUUUUUUAAAUUGGCAACUGUCAAAAGAGAUAUUCACAAAAAGACUUAGAACAAGGGCAGAAACCCCAGACAGGUGGUUUUCUUAAUUCAUCAGGCUGGAGCAGACUUUAAACCAAACUGGAGGAACCAUUCCGGAUCUGGCCACCACCUAAUCUCUACAUCCUGGCCUCCUUUUCAUUGGCUGGAAGCUGGCUCACUUCAUCCAAGGGCCUGGUUCGAGGGCAUUCAUGGCUUCCGCAAGUUAGAGCAUCCCUUGCUCCUGGCGCUAAUGGUUCCACUCAACCAUGGGACUGGAGCAUCCACUUGGUCCAGAGAUGUAUACUAGGAGCCGUAAAUGACAACUUUGAUGAGGCCUGAAGACUCCAAAGCCUUCAGCCCGAGUUUGGCCUUGCUCACUUGCUUGAUGUAAGAGAUUCGAGAUCUGGGGAGGCUGAGGCGGGUGGAUCACAAGGUCAAGAGAUCGAGACCAUCCUGGUCAACAAGAUGAAACCCCGUCUCUAUUAAAAAUACAAAAAUUAGCUGGGCAUGGUGGUGCGCGCCUGUAGUCCCAGCUACUCAGGAGGCUAAGGCAGGAGAAUUGCUUGAAACCAGAAGGCAGAGGUUGCAGUGAGCCAAGAUCGUGCCAUUGCACUCCAGCCUGGGUAACGAGAACGAAACUCCGUCUCCAGAAAAAAAAAAGAGAUUCGAGAUCUGUCCGGGCUGAACAUGGCUUCCAGCAGCUGCAAUAUGGACCUGGAGCACCUCUGGAUCUUUGAGGUCUUCAGGAAGUUUCACCCACAGCGGGAUAUUUCUAUAUCCGGUGGUGUUCCCAUCUGGUAACCCUCAUAACCAAAACUACACUCCCCUGUGAGCCAGGCCUAACCACACCAGCUGACCUGCAGCGCUCAUCAGCAUAUUUGAUUCCCACCAAUGAUAUGAUGAUUACAUUUUCUCCACAACCCUUCUUAUGAAGCAAGUUCACUCCACACUGGUUUCCAAUGUGUCUGAGUUGAAUCAGAGAGAAUCCCACGCAUACACAGUUCCCGGCAUUCCCCGCAAGCCGGUUUCUGCAGACCCGGAAGUGAAUCCUGCAUAUCCGGAAGUGAAUCCCGCAGAGCGACCUCUCGCCUGCAGUUUCCUCAAAACUCGGAAGCGGGUCGCGUGUGGUGACGGUGUUGCAGCCUCGCGUGAGUUCCCCUUUGUCUAGAUUAGAUUCGCUUCCAUCGCUACUGUACCCGGUGUUAGCGCGCGGCGCGGGGCGGGCGGCCCUGCGUACCUUAAAAUCCUCUCGCCGUGCCCUCCACACUAGGAUUAGCUUGUAACGUCUCUUUCAUCUCACCUAAGGAAGAAGCCUGGAAGAGGAGGAAGAGGAAAGGAGGAGUCAGGAAUGACUCUGACUCAGGGUCUAUUGACAUUCAGGGAUGUGACCAUAGAAUUCUCUCAGGAUGAGUGGAGAUGCCUGCACCCUGCUCAGAAGACUUUAUACAGGGACGUGAUGCUGGAGAACUACAGGAACCUGGUCUCCCUGGAUAUCUCUUCCAAAUACAAGAUGAAGGGGCUCUUGUCAACAGCACAAGGCGAUACAGACGGGUUCCACACAGGGAUAUUAGAUAGACAUGAAAGUCAUCACAUUGGAGAUUUUUGCUUCCAGGAAAUUGACAGAGAUAUUCAUGAUUUUGAGUGUAGAAAUAGCCAUGAGGCGCUCAUGAGAAAAGUUGAAAAGCUUCCUUGUGGUACAGACCAAGAUGACGAAAGGCACUCUGGCAACAAGCCUGUUACAGAUCAGCUGGGAUUAAGCUUUCAUUCGCAUUUGCCUGAACUGCACAUAUUUCGGACGGAAGGGAAAUUCGGUAAUCAAGUUGAGAAAUCUAUCAAUGAUGUUUUCUCAGUUUCAGCAACCAAAAUCAUUUCUUGUAGGCCCCAAACCCAUAUUUCUAAUAAGUAUGACAACUUCCCCCAUUCUUCAUUACUCACACAAAAACCGAAAGUACACGUGAGAGAAGUAUCUUUACAAUGUCUUGAGAAAGAAGCCUCUAACUGUAGCUCUCUCUUGAGGAAACAUCAGAUAAUCCAUUUAGGAGAGAAACAAUAUGAAUGUGAUGUGUGUGGAAAGGCCUUUAAUCAGAAGCCAUACCUUGAACGCCAUCGUAGAUGUCACACUCGUGAGAAAUCUUACACGUGUAAUGAGUGUCACAAGAGCUUCAGUCAGAAGUCAACCCUUACACGCCACUCUAGACUUCACACUGGAGAGAAACCUUACAAGUGUAGUGAGUGUGGCAAGACCUUUAGUCAGAUGUCAUCACUUGUAGUCCAUCAUAGACGUCAUACUGGAGAGAAACCGUAUCAAUGUAGUGAGUGUGGCAAGACCUUCAGUCAGAUGUCAUCUCUUACAUAUCAUCGUAGACUUCAUACUGGAGAGAAACCAUACAAAUGUAAGGUGUGUGAUAAGGCUUUCGGGCGUGGUUCACACCUGAUGCAACAUUCUAGAAUUCACACUGGAGAGAAACCUUACAAGUGUAAGGAGUGUGGCAAAGCCUUUCGAGGGCAGUCAACACUUACUUACCAUCAGUCCUCCCAUGGUAUAGGGAAACUUUACAAGUGUAAUGAUUGUCAUCACGUCUUCAGUAACGCUACAACCAUUGCAAGGCAUUGGAGAAUCCAUAAUAAAGAAAGAUCUUACAAGUGUAAUAAAUGUGGCAAGUUUUUCAGACAUCGUUCAUACCUUGCAGUUCAUCGGCGAACUCACACUGGAGAGAAACCUUACAAAUGUGAAGAAUGUGAUGCAGUUUUCAGUUGCAAAUCAAACCUUGAAAUGCAUAGAAGAAUUCAUACUGGAGAGAAACCUUACAGGUGUAAGGAGUGUGGCAAAACCUUCUGUAAAAAGUCAUCUUUUGUAUAUCACUGUAGACUUCAUACUGGAGAGAAACUUCAUAAAUGUGAAGAAUGUGACAAAGUUUUUAUUCGCAAAUCAGGCCUUGAAUAUCAUAAAAGAAUUCAUACCGGAGAGAAACCAUACAAAUGUAAGGUGUGUGACAAGGCUUUCGGCCGUGAUAUACACCUGGCACGACAUACUAGACUUCAUACUGGAGAGGAACCUUACAAAUGUGAAGAAUGUGACAAAGGUUUUAGGUGCAAAUCAAACCUUGAAAUACAUAGAAGAAUUCAUACUGGAGAGAGACCUUACAAGUGUAAUGAGUGUGGCAAGGCCUUCAGUCAGGUGUCACCCUUUGUAUACCAUCGUAGACGUCAUACUGGAGAGAAACCUUACAAGUGUAAUGAGUGUGGCAAGGCCUUCGGUCAGAUGUCAUCUCUUGUACGCCAUCGUAGACUUCACACUGGAGAGAAACCUUACAAAUGUGAAGAAUGUGAUGCAGUUUUUAGUUGGAAAUCAAACCUUGAAAUACAUAGAAGAAUUCAUACUGGAGAGAAACCUUGCAGGUGUAAUGAGUGUGGCAAGACCUUCAGUCAGAUGUCAUCCCUAUUAUGCCAUCGUAGACUUCAUACUGGAGAGAAACCCUACAAGUGUAAUGAGUGUGGCAAGACCUUCAAUCACAGAUCAUCCCUUACAUGCCAUCAUAGAAUUCACACUGGAGAGAAACCUUACAAGUGUAAUGAAUGUGGCAAGGUUUUUAAUCAACAAGCACACCUUGCACGUCAUCAUAGAGGUCAUACUGGAGAGAAACCUUACAAAUGUGAAGAAUGUGACAAAGUUUACAGUCGCAAGUCAAGUCUUAAAAGACAUAGGAGAAAUCAUACUGGAGAGAAACCUUACAAACAUUAGAUUUGUGACAAGGCUUUUGGGCGUGAUUCACACCUGGCACAACAUAGUAAAAUUCACACUAGAGAGAAACCUUACAAGUGUAAUGAGUGUGGCAGAGCCUGUAGUGGGCAGUCAACACUUAUUAACACCAUGAAGCAAUCCACGGUAUAGGAAAACUUUACUAAUGUAAUUAUUGUCACCCAGUCUUCAGUAACGCUACAACCAAUGUGCGUCCUCCAAUGCAAAUCAUUGGAGAAUCCAUAAUGAAUGGAUUCUUGCAAGUGUAAUCAAAUUCACAAAUGUUUUAGACAUUGUUCAUACCUUUCAGUUCAUUGGCGAACUCAUACUCGAGAUACCCCUUACAAAUGUCAUAACUGUGGCAAGGUCUUCAGUCAAUUCUCAUCUUAUGUAGAACAGAAAAAUUCAUACAGAAGAGAAACCUCACAAAUGUGAUUAUUUCGGCAAAGCCUUCAGUUCACGUUCACACCUUAUUAGAUAUUAGAUGGCUAGGUGCGGUGGCUAAAGCCUGUAAUCCCAGCACUUUCGAAGGCUGAGGCGGGUAGAUCACGAGGUAAAAAGAUCGAGACCAUCCUAGUCAACACGGUGAAACCCCGUCUCUACUAAAAAUACGAAAAAAAAAAAUUAGCUGGGCAUGGUGAUGCAUGCCUGUAAUCCCAGCUACUUAGGAGGCUGAGGCAGAAUUGCCUGAACCCAGGAGGCGGAGGUUGUGGUGAGCCGAGAUCACACCAUUGCAUUCCAGCCUGGGUAACGAGUGAAAUUCCGCCUCAAAAAAAAAAAAAAAAUAGAUAUUAGAGAAUCCAUACUGGACAAUAAUCUUACAAAUGUCGUAAGUGUCCUAAGGUCUUUAGGCAGAGGUCACUGCUUGCAGAACAUUGGAAAAUUCAUUUUUGGCCGGGCGCCGUGGCUCACGCCUGUAAUCCCAGCACUUUGGGAGGCCGAGGUGGGUGGAUCACGAGGUCAAGAGAUGGAGAUUGUCCUGAUCAACAUGGUGAAACCCCGUCUCUACCAAAAAUACAAAAAAAUUAUCUGGGCAUGCUGGCGCCUGCCUGGUCUUAGCUACUCAGGAGGCUGAGGCAGGAGAAUUGCCUGAACCCAGGAGGUGGAGGUUGCGGUGAGCCGAGAUCAUGCCAUUGCACUCCAGCCUGGGUAACGAGCGAAACUCCAUCUCAAAAAAAAAAAAAAGAAUUUUGCAAUUUUUUUGUGUGAAAUUAGUUUUCAGACUUUUCCCCCUAAUUUCUUUGCCUAGUUUUGGCAAGCCAUAAUAAUGAUUUCAUAAAUUAUCUUGGGGAGUAGUCCCCCCUCUUCUGCUUUCUGGAAGAAAUUGUAUAUAAUUGCUGUUAAUACCUCUUUACAGGUUUAAUAUAAUUGUUUAGUGUUAGGCUGAAUGGGAGGGUUUCUUGACAUGGGAUGCUCGGAAUUUGAGACCAGCCGGAGCAACAGAGUGUGACCUCAUCACUUCAUCUCCAAAAAACAUUUUUUUUGACUGGGCGCGGUGACUCACACCUGUAAUCCCAGCAUUUUGGGAGGCCGAGGUAGGCGGAUCACUUGGGGCAAAGAGUUUGAAACCAGCCUUAACAUGGUAAAACCCCAUCUCUACUAAAAAUACAAAACAUUUGGCCAGUUGUGGUGGUGCAUACCUGUAAUUACAGCUACUUGGGAGGCUGAGGUGGAGGAGAGAUGCUUAAAUCCAGGAGGUGGAGAGGUGGAGGUUGCAGUGAGCGGAGAUCACACCACUACACUCCAGCCUGGGAGACAGAGCAAGACUCCACCUCAAAAAAAUAUAUUUUUUUUUUUUUCUUUUUUUGAGACAGAGUUCGCUAUUGUUACCCAGACUGGAGUGCAAUGGCACGAUUUUGGCUCACCUGCAACCUCCACCUUCUGGGUUCAAGCAAUUCUCCUGCCUCAGCCUCCCGAGUAGCUCGGACUAUAGGUGCACACCACCAUGCCCAGCUAAUUUUUGUAUUUUUAGUAGAGACGGGGUUUCGCCGCAUUGAUUAGGAUGGUCUCGAUCUCUUGACUUCGUGAUCCACCCGCCUGGGCCUUCCAAAGUGCUGGGAUUAUAGGUGUGAGCCACCACGCCUGGCCAAAAUAUUGUUAUUUUUAAUUAACCAGGCGUGGUGUUCCGCUACUUGGGAGUCUGAGGCCGUUGAGUAGAUUUCGUAAGCCCAGCUGAGGAUACAGUGAGGUAUGAUUGUGCCACUGAACUCCAGCCUGGAUGACAGUGAGACUUCUGUACAAAAAUAAAAACACUUGUUUAGUGUUACCA